CGGGGGAUGCGGGCCUCCGACCGGAGGCUGCGGGCUGCUCGGUUCGGGGUCUGGGCAGCGCCGCCCCCACCUCCCCGGGCGUUCUGCACCUGCCGGGCCGGGAGGUAGAGUUGGUCCGGAGGCAGGUGUGGGUGUUGGUGAUGUUCCUGGCUUGCCAGGCCCUGUGCACCAGGACAGUCUGUCCCUGGGAGGCGUCUGAGCUACGUUCUGGAGUCCCCCCGGUACAGCCGUGAUAAGCCAGGCUGAGGUGUUCGAGGAGAAAGAAUCUUUAUGGCAGGGAAACCCACGUGGUGUUCUGAGGCCUUGUGGCUCAUCGGUACUCAAGUAUCCAAAAACAGGUGUGCCAUGUUAAAUACAAGUGUAAGAAGCCCCUUACUGUUUCCCCCUCAACAGUGAAGUGCUGUACCCAUAGUGAAGAGCAUGGUAGUCCUGUGAUCCCCCAAGCAUGUGGAACCAGCAGGUGUUGUGCUCCUCAGACACUGUGCAAUGCAAGCCAUCUCUUCCAGGAAUGGUGAUGGUCUUUCCAAUCUCACUGCUGGCAUGGCCUGUGCUGCCCAGGGCUGGCCUGAAUGCUCUGGGAGCUCGUGGGGUGCACGUGCAGCCUCUUACCAGGAUGUGUGAGGGUUCAUGGGCACAUACCAUUGAGUGUAUGUUCCACAUCACAGUGGGAUUUAGCUUUUCCCUGGCUACAGCUGAUGUAGGGCAUGUAACUGUGAUAUUUGUACAUGUAGGCCAGCAUCUGUAGCUGUGGGGUGAUGCUUGUAUGUGUGUAUAUAUGUUAAUUAUUUCCUAAUUUGCUGAAUUUGGAAUUAAUGGAAGGCAUUUCAGUACCCCUAAGCAGUCUUUGUUGUCCGUUUGGUUUAUUGUCAUCACCAGAAGAGCUUGCCUCUUUGCACUUGCAGAAUAACUGGGAUGUGAUAUACUGGAGUGUGUCCAGCCAAGGGCUAAUGAUUAAAAGACUGCAGCAUCUGUCAUACAAAGAUAGACUGUGAGUGCUGGGACUGUUCAGCCUGGAGAAGACUCCAGGGGAUUUUUGUGAGUGUGUGAAAAUAACUAGUGGAGGGAAUAAAGGAGACAGAGCCAGGCUCUUCUCAGUGGUGACUCAUGGUGGGUCUAGGGGCAUUGGUCACACAUUGAAGUACAAGAAGUUGCAGCUACAUGUAAGGAAACACUUGUUUUCUACUGAAAGUGGUCAGAUGCUGGAAUAGGUUGCUCACAGAGGUUGUGUAGUCUCCAUCCUUUAAGAUACUGAAGCCUCACCUGGAUAGGACCCUGGGCAGUCAGCUCUGGUUGACCCUGCCAGAGCAAGGGUUGGCCUGUGCCCACCAGCUUCAGCUCUUUUAUGCAUUUGGAAAAUGUUGUCUGAACAGAAUGAAGCAUGUACACAUUAUAAACUGGGCGCCCUUUGCCAUUAUGGUGAGUGUCGACUGUUUUAUGCACCAUCAUAGCAUUAAGAAAAAGAUCUGGUGAGCAGAUUGAAGAUAGUGUUAUCCUAGUGACUUCCACCUUCUCCUGCCCCUUACACUCCUGCCAGUGCCCCUGGAUCCAGGAAGGCAAGGUGGGGAAUGCAUUGUGCUCCUUCAGCACAAGGUGGUGAUUGUUCAGAAGCUUCAGCAGUGAUCAGAAUGUGCCACGCUCUUGAAACUGAGUUGGAGAAGAUAGGAUUGCCACUAGCUGCUUGUCUGCCUGUAAAACUUCCCUGCACCCUGAAGGUGAUAAGGGAGGUGAGAUACAGGUGGAGCAGGAGGUUCUGUGACUGACCUUUCCUUUUUUAAAAUUAAAAAAACUCCAAACAACCAAAACCAUCUACUUAACAAAAUAUUGGUACAUUUUUUAAAACCACAGGCUAGUUAGCCUCACCUGAAUACCUGGAAAGAUGAUGAGACAGCUCAUCCUACAGUCCAUCUCUAAGUGCAUGGAAGACAAGACAGUCAUCAGGAGUUAGUCAUCAUGGAUUCACCAAAGGAGACUCAUGCUUAACCAAUCUGAUUACCUUCUGUGAUGGAACAAUUGGCUGAAUAGACAAAGGAGAGCGGAGGAUUUUGUCUACAUUGUCUUUAGCCAGGCAUUUUCCAAUAUCUCCCAUGGUACCCUCAUAGACAAGCUCAGGAAGUGUGAGCUGGAUGAGUAGAUGGUGAGGUGGAGUGAGCACUGGGUAAAUGGCAGAGCUUGAAGGAUUGUGGCCAGCAUCACAAGGUCUAGUUUCAGGCCUCUCACUGGUUGUGUCCCCCAGGAUUCAAUUCUGGGCCCAGUAUUGUUUAACUUACCCGUCACUGACUUGGAUGAAGGGGCAGAGGCCUCCUCAGCAAGUUCACUGAUGGCACAAAGCUGAAAGGAGCAGCUGAUACACGAGAGGGCUCUGCAGCCCUUCAGCCCUUCAGAAGGACCUGGGCAGGCUGGAAAGAUGGGGAGAGAAAUUGUCUGAAAUUCAGCAAAGACAAAUGCAGCUCCUGUGCUUGGGGAGGAAUAACCCUGGGGACCACUACAGGGUGGGGGUGACCUGCUGGAAAGCAGCUCUGCAGAGAAGGUUCUGGGGGUCCUGGAGGACAACAAGGUGUCCAUGAGCCAGCAGUGGCUGGGCUAAUAGGGAAGACUUGCAGUGUUUCCAUUUUCAAGGAUGUCUCUUGGUGCAGAAGAAGAUGGAAUUAUUGGCUGGAUGCCAGGCCCUGAGAAGGUGUGUGCUAAGACAAGAUGCCAAACCUGCCAACCCCAAAUUCUCUCAAUUCCAGAGAGUUAUUAUAACCAUCUUUAUGCCCUGGGAACUAAAAAAUGUCUUUCAUGGCCUUCUGCAGAGUCUGCAAGAUGAUGGUGGGAAAUCUGUCUCAUGUAAUUGAGUAAUAUUUAAAAAUAGAAUAAAGUGGUAGAAUUGUAAGCCAGAAUGUGCUUCAGUGAUGUAUUCACUGAGCAUCUGGGGUAUCUAUGCCAUCUAUGCAAUGUGCAUGUAUGUUUGGGGCUCGUUUGUUUUUUAAAAUGUGAAUGGCAUUAUUUGUUUGAGAUUAUUUUCCAAAUUGAAGUAAAGGAAUGCUUUUUAUUAUGUGAGUAGUUACAAGCAGGUUGGAUAGGGAAAGGACUUUGGUACCUCCCAGAAGGUAAAAAUAAUGGUGUUCACUCCUCUUCUCUGCUGUAUUAUAUGUAACACCUUGUAAACUGCCUCUUGUUAGUUAUCCUCUAAAGCAGUGUCAGUGGCAUCUUGCAACCAGCCCGGAAAGGCGUCCUGCUGGCUGAGUGUCUGAUCACUGUGAGUCACCAGCCCUUCUGCAGAGCUUGCAGUGUGCUAUCCUGACAGCUCUUCACAGCAGUUGUUUCUAGUAGGUGCCUGGUGACAUGUCUGCAGGGAUUGAUCCUGGGAGCAGAUGUCUCCAGCCAGAGGUGAGGUGAAAGCCCUGCUCAGGGUGCGCUCUCUGCUACUUUCCACUGGCCUGUUUCCUAAGUAUCAGCUGUCCCCACCUCCCCAGCUCAGCUGGGCUAGAACUCUCUGAGGAAGAGCUGUGCACAGAUGUCCUCUGGGACUCCACACAGAAGGAUCAGUGUGGAAAUGGGUGACUCCAGGCAUAGGUUUUUCUGCUGCCAGCUGUGGGGAAGAAGCACGUUUGCUUCAUAUUGGCACUCGAGGGAGAGCCUCCAGACCCGCUGUGUUGUGUGGGCUGCCCUCACAGAUUGCAUACACAAACCUCUGUGCUGAGAUUUGCUAUGGCACAGGGCUGUCCUCUGUCAGUUGGGAUUAGUUGCUGUGAUCUUUUGGUUUUCUUAAAGCAGACCAUCCAGGUCCUAAAGGCUGAACGUAAAGCAAAUGACUGUAGGUACCUUGGCAGUGAGCCUGGUGGAGCUGUGCUGGUUGCAGGCACCAUGCCUUGACGUCACAUGUGUCUCCCUGUGUGUGGUACCACAGUGGCUGAUGUCUCCCAGAGCAGAUUUCCCCCUGUGCUGCAAAAGGCUUUAUCUGUGGCACACAGGUGUGGGGCACUUCCUGGCACCGACACAGCUGGGAGGGGGGGUUGGUGUGAGCCGUGCUGGGUAGAGUCGGGCAGACAGGCAGUGCUGCAGGGAGCACGGAUGGAGGGCAAGGGGACACGUACCCCAGGGGGCCAGAGCUCUUCGAGUGCUGCUGAGAAUGGCUCUGACCUUGAUGAAGAGCCUCUACUCAGAAAAAAUCACCGCCGGUUUGUCAUCUUCCCCAUCCAGUACCCGGACAUAUGGAAGAUGUAUAAGCAGGCUCAGGCCUCCUUCUGGACGGCAGAAGAGGUUGAUUUGUCAAAGGACCUUCCUCACUGGAACAAGCUGAAAGCAGAUGAAAAAUACUUUAUCUCUCACGUUCUGGCAUUUUUUGCAGCCAGUGAUGGAAUUGUAAAUGAAAACCUGGUGGCUCGUUUUAGUCAGGAGGUGCAGAUCCCAGAAGCUCGUUGUUUCUAUGGCUUUCAAAUUCUCAUUGAGAAUGUUCACUCAGAGAUGUACAGCUUGCUCAUAGACACCUACAUCAAAGAUCCCAAGAAAAGGGAUUUCUUAUUUAAUGCUAUUGAAACAAUGCCUUGUGUUAAAAAGAAAGCAGACUGGGCUCUGAAGUGGAUUGAAGACCGAGAAUCCACUUUUGGUGAGAGAGUGGUUGCCUUUGCUGCAGUGGAAGGCAUCUUCUUUUCGGGUUCCUUUGCUGCUAUAUUUUGGCUGAAGAAGAGGGGCUUGAUGCCUGGAUUGACUUUCUCCAAUGAACUUAUUAGCAGAGAUGAGGGUCUGCACUGUGAUUUUGCUUGUCUAAUGUUCCAUUAUUUAGUGAACAGACCGUCAGAAGAGCGAGUCCGUGAGAUCAUCGUUAAUGCUGUAGAAAUUGAGCAGGAGUUUCUAACUGAGGCGUUACCUGUGGGUCUGAUUGGAAUGAAUUGCACCUUGAUGAAACAAUACAUUGAAUUUGUUGCAGACAGGUUACUAAUGGAGCUUGGGUUCUCAAAGGUCUUUCAUGCAGAAAAUCCUUUUGAUUUCAUGGAGAAUAUUUCUCUGGAAGGAAAAACUAAUUUCUUUGAGAAGCGGGUUUCGGAAUAUCAACGUUUUGCUGUCAUGGCAGAAACAAUGGACAAUGUCUUCACUUUGGAUGCAGAUUUUUGACAAAUUGGAAAAUGAAUGGUGACUGUUUCCCUCUCCUUAUCUCCCUUUAUGCUGUGAAAUUAAUUAAUUUCUUCUAAUUUCUUCUUGUGGAAAUCAGAGUCUACUGGGAUAUUUUUCCUGGGUUUUCAUGUUGUUUGUCAGAGGAGUAAAUAUAUUUCUCUCUGUGCCAUUUGAAGAAAAAAGGGGGAAUCAUCUGCAAAAAAUUUAUGUGGCUUUGUAGAAGGAUGACCUUUUUAAGAUUCCCUUGACUCGUCUGCUGUCAACGCUGUCUUUAAAGAUGACAUGGAUAGUGUCACAUGUCACAAACAUGGAUGUUUGUUUAAGAAACAAACUGCAAAAAUACCUCAUGUUAUGGUAUUUUAAUAUUAAAACCAGAUGAGGUAUCACUCCACGUAAAAACAUCACUAUAAAUUAUUUUCCUGUUUUCUGUUUUCAUGUUUGUAGGUUUGGUCUGUUUGGUAGUUUUGGAGUAAAAGCUCUUCUGUUUCAUCCUGUUGCAGAUACAGUAAUAGUUGAAUGUGAGAAGACCUUAAUGAGGUCUGAACUAUAGAAUAUUAUUAAACCCAGGAGUUAAGUGUAAUCUCCCCAUUAACCUAGGUUCCGUCUGAAACAAUUUUUAUUCUGGUUGGAAAACUGAUGGGUCUUGGUAGGCAUGUAAUUCAAAUACAUGUAAUUCUUGUCUUACAGCUGUUACUGAACAGGUCAGUGGCCUUUGAACGAUUCUUGAAAAGGCACACCUGUUAACAGUGGAGAAAAAACACAUCCUGUAGUUCUUUGGCUUCUGCUGCCUGUUUUUUCUUGCUUCACUGAUCAAGUGCCUUAUUAAGUAGUCUGUAAUUCUGUUUGUAAUCACUUGACACUGAAACAGCCAGCUCUGGGUGUUGUCCAUCUGCCCCGUUUUGUGCUGGGUGGUUUGAUAUUCUCCCCUUCUUGGUUGUACUUGUGCGUUGAAGGGGUGAGAAGACAUGUCAUUCCAAGGGAUUCUUCCUUGAGGUGCUACAAACAGACUACUCAGGAUGUAAGGAAGCACCCAAUAACGUAUAAAGGUACAUCAGGUUGUGUGUUUGAUGCAAACCAUUGGAACCAUUGUCACAGAACAGCUUCUGAAAGAAGGUAUUAAACAUUUCAAAAACAAGCCCAGAAGUAGUAUGGAGUAGCAGCAUCUUACAAAGGACUGUUGUUUGGUUUUUGAUUGUGUGCCUGAAAACUGUUUGUAAUUUUUUGAUAUCACAUGCAGAGAAUGGAGGGAUUGAGGAGUGGCUAACAUGCUGCAGUGGUACUUGGGGUAGAAGACAUGCUAUUUAGCUGUACCUGGUUUAUCUGCAAAUAGAUGGGCUCUUUUUUUUUCCAAGAUGAAGCGAGUGUACAAGAGCUAGACAAAGGGUUCCACUUUAUUAAACACAAGCAUUUUUCAUAAUUUUCAGCAUUUUGUGAAAGUGCUUUUGUAAGUCUUACCAUUGCAAACAUUUUGUGCUGCUUUUGAUACAUCUGGCAUGAGCCAAACUGACAGCCCAGGGUUAUCAGUGAUGGGGUGGUGUAAGUGUUAUUUCCCUGCCAGCCCAGAUCAGCCAUCAUAGUGGGUACCUGAGUUCCAUGAAACAGGUCCACUGCCUUAGCACUUAAUUCCUAGUGGACAACUCCCUGCUGUAAAAAUAAACAGCAAAAUUGACAUAGUUUUUUUCAGUCUCUUUAAAAGAUCAGGAGUAUGUACUGAGCAUGGAAAUGGAACAGCUUAUUUUUUCCUGGAGAAGAGCCUGCAUCAUUUGUAUGAGUUACUUGGAAGAGGGCACAGAGAAAAGCUGGAACUGCAGGAGAACUGUGGACUCAGAGGGAAAACCCAACGCCUUUUGGAAACGUUGAGCUGAUAGGGGAGAAACUGAAAAUAUUGUAAAUCGAUCUGCUAUUGGAGUAAUGGAACCUAUUAUGUCACUGGAAGUACUAAAAAGCAUUUAUUUUGAGUCAUGAAUAAUGAUGAGAAUAUAGAGAGUAUUCUAAUAUGAAACUGCAAUGUGCUCAGGUUCUGUAAAUGUAUAUGAGAUACCAAAGUCUGGUACAUCGGCUCCCACUCAAUUUGUGUGUAAAAUAUGUGUGUAGUUUCAAUAAAAUUUGAGUGUGGGGAAGCCCAUGCCUUCAUUUACAAGUUA